AUGGACUGCAUCGCCCGGGUGUUCACGGUCGGAAACGGCUGCAAAGCGGUCCGCUACGAUGAUGAGACCACCGUUGAGCGAGUGCUCCAGGUGGUACUUCAAGGAAUCGGUAUUGCGGCCGUAGCCCAUGCUCACUUUGCGCUUCGGCUACUAUCUGGACCUUCGCCAAAAACUGCAGGUGAUCAUGUAUGGCUUCAUCCGUAUCUUCUCAUAUCAAAUCUACGGCACACUUAUGCAAAAUUUCUUCCUCCCAGCUCGUGUCCUCAGGAUCUCAACUUUGAACUGAGGCUGAGAUUCAUCCCACAAUCUGCUUAUGAGCUCUUGUUGACUGAAUCCAAUGCAUUCUUCUACCUCAAUGAACAGGUUUUCGAAGAUUUCCUCGGGCAUGUCGCCUGGAAGGUCAGCCUCGAAGCCGCCCUCGAGCUGGCUGCCCUCAAAGUUUGCCGGGAUUGCCUCGAAAAGCAAGUUAAAUCAUGUCUCGACCACAAGAUCGACAUUGAUGCAGUCAAUAUGGAUUCGGCAAUACAAGCGUUUAUUCCGAAAUCAGUCCUUUGUGGGGGGAAUAUUAAGGCAAGCACUUACUUCCCAUCCGCAUUGCGCCGACAAUUUACCCAGCUCCUCAAAAAGUUUUCCUCGCUCUCGCCGACUGAAUCAGUCCUUCGAUCGUUGUCAAUCCUGAUCGACAUUGUGAAAUUCGAUGUCGAGAUUUUCAAAGCCAGCAUGGGGGUGCGUUUUUUCCUUCACAGUGCGUGGCUUUGGUGA